AUGAGGCUGGCGCCGGAGUGGCCAGCCACCGCCGCAGCACGCGCCGGAGCACCCAGAUCCAGGCGAGCGAGCAACUCCGAGGUUAGCGAGGUGCUGGAUUCCCGCCACGGCCGCGUCCUCCUCACCAGCUGGGACAUCGUCGACGGCUGGGUGCGUGAAGAGGUUGUUGUGUGUGAUCCUAUCACCAGCAAGCAGCAGCAUCGCGUGCCCAUUCCGCUGGUGUUUAAGAGAAUUGGUGGCUUGGUCAACGGGGCGGUGUUUUGCGCCGCCCCGGCCCAUGAUCACGUCCAUGGCAGCUGCCACUCAUGCCCUUUCAAGGUGGUCUUGUUGUCCUACAGAAAAUGUAAGCAUCCAUACGCCUGCGUUUAUUCCUCCGAGACUGGCACAUGGAGCAAUAUCAUCUCAACAGAGGCUCCAGAUGAUACUCCUUUUGGUGUUUCUCCUAGCACCCUUAUAGGUAAUGCCCUUUACUGGCCGGCUAAGGAUAAGGGAGACAGCAUUCUUCAGUUUGAUUUGGGCGCACAAAACCUUGCCGUCAUCAAGGGGCCUCCUGGUAUGAAUGUGAAUGAUUUCGACAACUUCCAUAUCAUUCAGGCAGAGGAUGGCGCUGUUGGUCUUGCUGCGUUGUCUCACCUUGAGCUUCAAAUGUGGGAGAGGAAGGUUGAUUGUCAAGGUGUUGCCAUAUGGUUGUUGCAGAAGACUGUUUCAUUGCGUAAACUUCUUAAGGUCCCUCCUCGGACUGAGCAGAGUUAUGAAUCGCUCAAAGUGGUGGGGUAUGAUGAGGAUAAUAAUGUAAUCUUAUUAGCUGGGCACGACGGUGUCUAUAGGGUUCAGCCCAAGUUAUUGGAAGCCAGGAUACUUAAUGGAACCGGUUCUACACAUUAUUGUUAUACUUUUACGAGUUUCUAUCCACUAGGUGAUUGCUCAUCCUUGGUCUUUAUAUCUUAG